AUGCAUCCAUGUGGAUUAGCAUACAUUUGGCUCCUCUGCUCAGUCUUGCUGAUUUUAGUGGUCCUUGGUUCCCCGAUAGCUGAAGAUGAGACAGCAAAGCAUCGAAAUACCAGUGGGAAUGGCACCAGGAUAGACAUUGUGUCCUUUAGGUGGGAUCUUGUGAAGGGUCCUUAUAUAGUUGCAGUAGGGGUACUGGUGGCCUUUUUGGCAAAACUAGUGAUCGAGGCGAAUCAUCAUGUGACCUAUAUAAUCCCAGAAAGCGCUCUGCUCAUUAUCUUCGGCUUCAUCGUGGGUCUCAUCAUCUGGUGGGCAGACAUAGUGCACCUCUUCGAGUUGACCCCCACCGUAUUUUUCUUAUACCUGCUUCCUCAAAUCGUCCUGGAUGCCGGCUAUUUUUUGCCAAAUAAGCUGUUCUUCCGAAAUAUAGGAACCAUUCUGGUCUAUGCCAUUAUUGGGACCUUAUGGAAUACUGUCAGCUUGGGGUUGACCCUAUGGGGCUGUCAGAAGGAAGGAGCCAUGGGUAAUUUGGACAUGGCCUUGCUUCACUAUCUUUUAUUCAGCUCGGUAAUUGCCGCAGUGGACCCGGUGGCUGUUUUAUCCGUGUUUGAGGAGGUCCACGUCAAUGAGGUCCUUUUCAUUCUGGUGUUGGGCGAGUCACUCGUCAAUGAUGGUGUGACAGUGAUGCUCUUCAAUAUGAUUGAGGCCUAUAUUUCCCACAACAAGGCCUACUUUGAUGUUUUGGAUAUACUCAGCGGAAUAGUGUCUUUUUUUUUAGUGGCAGUUGGCGGCUCCCUCCUCGGUGUAGUUUUUGGUUUGCUGCUCUCGCUUCUGACCAGAUACACAAGAAGCAUCCAGAUUAUCGAGCCGGGUUUUAUAUUUGUGGUGGGGUACCUCUCCUACCUGACUGCUGAGAUGUUGUCCCUUUCCGCCAUCUUGUCGGUUUUCAGCUGUGGCGUGGUCUGCAAAAAGUACAUCAACGCAAACAUGGAUGAAAGGUCCGUCACUACGGUCAGAUAUGCCAUGAAGGUGCUCGCCAAUGGAUCAGAAACCAUCAUUUUUGUUUUCCUGGGAAUCAUAGCCAUUGAUAAGGAUUUAUGGGUGUGGAACACGGGCUUUGUCCUCCUCACACUCUUCUUCAUCUUUGUGAAUCGCUUCAUCGGUGUUUUUUUCCUAACCUGGAUCAUGAACAAAUUCCGGCUGGUUCCUUUGGAGUUCAUUGAUCAGAUUAUUAUGAGCUACGGUGGCCUGCGAGGGGCAGUUGCUUAUGGCCUGGCAAUGAUGCUGGAUAAAAACACGAUUAAGGAGAAAAAUCUAUUGGUCUCCACGACUUUGAUUGUAGUUUACUUCACUGUCAUCCUUCAGGGACUGACGCUGAAACCUCUUGUCGCUUGGCUGAAAGUAAAGAAAGCUUCGGAUGCUGAGCACACGCUCAUCGAAACGGUGCAGAAUAAGGUCUUCGAACACAUGCUUGUUGCAAUUGAAGAUAUCGCCGGGCAAUUUGGUCACAACUACAUGAUGGAUAAGUGGAAUCAUUUUGAAAACAAGUGGGUGGCGCCCAUUUUGAUGAAGCCCUCGGCGAGGAAGAAUCAAGAUUACGUUUUCAAAGUUUUUCAUCGGCUCAAUCUCAAGGAUGCUAUAAGUUAUGUGGCCGAGGGCGAACGCAACGGUUCUUUGGGACUGAUCCGGAAUCAAUCUGGAGUGAUUGAACUCGAGAAAAGGUUUGCGCAAAAAUCCUCGGAAGUGAUGUCUGACAUUAUGGUGGACAAUCAUGGCGCAGUGUCCUCUUUGGGACGAGAGCCUUGGCCUUCGGUGAGCUUGGAAAUGCACGAUCAGUCUUUCAAGGGUGCGAAGCAAACGGAAGACAUCAGUCACCACCUGCUGCAGCAACACUUGUACAAAGGCAGGAAACAGCAUCGGCAUAGAUAUAGUAGAAGCUAUAUGGAGGUCAACAAAGACAAAAAAGAAGCGCAGGAGAUUUUCCAGAGGACCAUGAGAAAUCGUUUGGAGUCUUUUAAGUCGACAAAAAUGGGGGCCGUUGCAAAGACAGGAGCAAAGUACCCCAAAAAACUCCACGACCAUAAGAUGUCAUCGGGGAAACUUUACCGUUAUGAAAACGAAGAGCCUGAUAUAGUAGAGGAGGGCAGCACCUCCAGCUUUGAGGCAUCAGAUGACUCACUCACCAUGAAAGUCCUUCGUAAAGCAGAAGAAAAUGAGAACCCAACUUUCCUGAUGCAAAUGGACCCGGCUGAAUCAACGCUGGCUCCUCCAUGGUUGUCAGAGACGGAGGCUGACAGCAACAUAGCAGCCCCCUCGGAGAGGGCCCGGGAGAGGUUACCGUGUACGCCCAGUAGCAUGCGAAGCCUGUCGCAAUCCACGGACUCCAUCGUGCAGGCUGAAGCAGCAGCCGGGGAAGACAGUAGCGACGAAGAGCUCCAGCCACCAGUAACUCCGCCGCCACCACCACCACCAACAUCUUCACCACCUUCCAACUGAGAGUGAUGAGCAGGGCUUGACAUGAACUUCUGCGGCUUUCUAGCCACUUAGCGUUUUUUGCUAACCGCAAUCUAGUUGUUGGGAGUUAUGCACAACUAAAAACAAAGCACUUGAGUAAACUUUCAAACUGGAUCUGAAUGUGUUGGCCGACACCACUUGAGAAGAGA